GCGUUCUCUCUACGCACUCGGCGUCGUUUAGCUACAGUCCUGCGUGCGCCGAACGCAGCGUUCUCUUCAGGCACCUACCCUUGGCAGCAUAAUACUAGACGCUCAAACCUUCUGCAACCAUCGGCACCGAAAAUCGAAGGCGUUGUUUCGUCUUCUUCGUAGCAUUUGAAUCCCUCAUCUUCCUGUAGAAAGAAAGGCACUCUCUUGUUGGUACUGUGAUCAAAAGGAAACGAAGGUGGUCAUAAUAUGCCUGGAGAUGAUUGUGUUGAGCGCCCUUUGUUUGGUGGCGCAAUUUCCAGUGUCUUCCCUCUCAGGUUUCAGGAUGUCAGUGACAUUCGCGAAGUUCCUGAUCACCAGGAGGUUUUUGCGGACCCUAGCCGUGAUGAGAGCUUGAUUUUUGAGCUGUUAGAUCUGAAACAUGAGGUUGAAGAUAGUGGAAGUGCUGUCUGGUUUCUUCGAGACCUAGCCACUGAACAAGAUGCAGAAGGAAGCCUGGUGUUGGAGCACACGGGCACUGUCGAGGCAGGGCUUUUACAGUACAGAGAUUCACCUGCAAUUGUUACGACUGCAGUUGGUCAAAUGGCUAUUUCUAAAGGAAGGCAAGGAAGGGAAGCACAAAAUAUAGUAAGGGUCUAUCUGGCAAAUUUGCGUCUCAAGGAAGUUGGCACCGAUGUGCUAAUCACUGCUUAUGAGCCAAUUUUAAUCAACCCUUUGAGUGAAAGCGCUCGGACAGUAGGAGCUGGUCUGGCCAUCCCUGCGAUUCAAACUGGGUGUCUGCCGGUAGCAGAGGUCUUCAAGCUUGCAGUGUCGAGCUUCAAGGUCCACGACUGGAAUCUCUUCAGUUCGGGGUCUUGACCAACAGACGGUGAAUGCAUACACACAACAGGAAACUGCUACUUUUCCUCUUUGAUGCCAUUUUCUUUUUGGUUAACAUGUCAGCGUGUGAAGUAGAUUAAUGUCCAUGGCACCGUACAAGACUAUGUUUACCUAUCUUGGUUUGGUGUGGUUGAGUUGCUGAGGCUUUUCUCCUGGCUUUGUGGUUUCUGCCUCUCUCCAGGGGUGAAAGAUUCUUUAUCCUUGUUAAGAGACUGUUCUGGGGGGUUCUCUGUUCACUCCUUUUUGGGUGUGACAUCUCGUCCGGGUCUGGUUCUCAGCACCUGUCAUACGGGGUUCAUUUAGUGGUCUGGCGCGCCCAUGACUGCUUUUCAAUCAUCAACAAUCUUUGCAAGAGAGGGAUGGUGCUUCCAAAAAUCUGUCUCAUUUGUACGGCGAAUGCAGAAUCUGUGGAGCAUCUAUUCAUUCAUUGUCCCUUUGCUUGGGGUUGCAGGAUGGUAUCGUUGUGAAGUUCAAGAUCUCUUGGGUAAUGCCCAAGGCCAUGGUGAGUCUCUUCCUUGUGUGGCAUGAAGGAGGGCCUCCAUCUAUUGGCAAGUCGAGUUGGAGGCUUGCUUUGCUUGUGGGGCUCUAGUUUAUUUGGUGGUAUAGGAACAAUUACUGUUCCAGAAAUUGUAGCUUUCCUUCUGUUUCUAUUGUCAGAAAGUUUUUUUUUUUUUCGGAGCCAUUGGGAUUCCUGAUUUCCUUGGGGUGCUGGUUGGUCCAGCUUUUGUAUAUUUUUCUUUUUGUUUUGUUGUUGUUCUUGGCUUUUAUAUCCUUUGAAUAAAUUAUUUUCUCUAAAAGAUAUUACAGAAGCGUUCCCUUGUUA